AUGAUAGAGAUCUAAAAAAUUAUUAAGUCAACCCCAGGGGAUAAUUCGAAUAAGACCGCCUAGAAUAAAUUCAACCAUUCAACUAAGCCUAAUAAUAAUUCAGAAGUGCAAAAGGACUUUCUAAAAUUGUAAGCAAUUCUUGAAUCAAAACCUAAAUCUGAUAAAACUUCGAAAUCUAAUCCACCUCCUAAGGCGUAGUAACAAAAAAUUCCCGAAUUAAAGACCAAAGAGCAUAAUGGGCAUAAACAAAAUAAUAAUGUGAUAACUAAAAAACAUGAUGAAUAGAAAAAAUAAACAAAUGAGCUUGUUGUUAAGCAAAAGGAGAAUGAAAAAGUCAAAUCAAAACAUGAGAUAUCCAAAUUUGAAAAUAUUUAGAAGCAAAUUAAAACCAACCCUCAAUAAAUACCAAAUUAGAAAAAAGAGAAGGAAUCUUCUUAUUAGCCUUUAAAAAUACAUAAGCCCUUGAUCAAAGAAAAGGUUGCUUCAAAAGAUGAAGAGGAAAUAAAUGAGAAUGGAAAUUAGAUUGUAAUCUAAAAGAAAAAUCAGCAAAACAAUGAGAAGCAGGAAUCGACAAAAAAGACUCACUCAGAAAUCCCAAAGUAAGCAGCGCCUUAAAGUUUAGGAGGACCGUCGAAUUAGUCAACAUAAUAAUAAUUACCUAAGAAGGAUCUUGGAGAUCUCAAGUUAAUGCAAUUAUUAUAAAAUUCAUCCAAAACCAAUACAAAAAAGAAGAGCAAAAGUAAAGAUUAGCAAGAGCAAGGAAAAUCGAAGGAUUUAAAGCAUCAAAGUCAAUAACCAAAUUAAUCUUUGAAAAAGGAUAAAAUCAAGGAUUUGUAAAAUCAAAAAUCAAAGCCUUUUCCAAUUAAACCGUAAAUCAAAGACUUAAGCAUUUAGAAGAUCAAUAAACAAAAGAACUUAGUUAAUGAUGAUUAUGAUUUGAAUGAUUCUUUUAUUAAUGAUUCGGAAAGUGUAGAUGUGGAGAUAGAUCCUAAUGAAAUAGUCAGCGAAUUAAAAAAGUUGCAAAGAAAAAAGGAGGGAAGAAAGUAGAGCGAUUUUGAUGAUGAUAUUGAAGAGGCGGGAUUUGACAUCAUGUAGAAAGAGGAAAAGAAAUCUAGAGUCUUGGGAAUAAUAGAUGACUAUAGAGAGGAGAAGUACAUAAAGAAGGAGAUAAAAAAGGAGAAAAAACACAAGAAAAAGUUGUUGGAAAUGAAAAAUAAAUAAGAAAACAAAAAGACUGAUGAGUAAUGA